AUGCAGAAGUCUCGCGCCGUGAUGCUGCAGACAUUUCCAUUUGGUCGUCACAUGCUAUCGCAGUCGACGAACGCAGAGGCCAUCGAUGAUCUUCACUCGGCGACAAGCAAGCCACACGGGAAGAAGGUCGUGGAGUGGGAACGCUGUGACUACGAGCUCGCUCACUGUACCUACUGCUGGCUCGUGUUCUAUCUCUUCGCCAUACUCAUCACCUUCGUAGCACUAGCAAUAAUAUGUGAUGAUUUCUUCGUGCCAUCACUCGAAGCAAUAUCCGAGAAGCUGGAGCUAUCGGAGGACGUUGCCGGGGCAACGUUUAUGGCCGCUGGCUCGUCCGCGCCGGAACUGUUCACCUCCGUGGCGGGAGUCUCCGUAGAGAGCGACGUCGGUGUGGGAACGAUAGUAGGGUCAGCAGUAUUCAAUAUUCUCAUCAUCAUAGCGCUGUCUUCUGCACUUGCUGGGCAG